AUUAGAUCUAAAAUUAUUGCGGGCAAGUGGCCGCCUGGCCGGUUCAGAUCUGUCUAGGGGUGGGUGGAGAAUGGUUUGACAGCUAAGCUAAGGUCGACUUCGGUGUGGACCCUGCGUUGUUUUCGAUCGGUGUCGGAGAGGGAGCCGAUAAGAAUCCUGCUGCUCUCUCCCUGCAAUGCAAUGCAAAGCCCAUAGUAGCAAAAUUCCCAAAAUCAUUGGAUUCUUCUGAUCGCAGCUUACCAAGUUUUUAUUUAUUACUGAAAAUGGCAACACCGACAACUAUCAAUACUCUGGUCAGCCCGGUUGUUCUCUUCCUGAUCCUCCUGUCCGCCCCCGCCGACUAUUCAAACGCGUCGGCGGAGACAGCAGAAGCAGUCGGCGGUGAUACCGGACCAUGCUUCACGUCACUGUUCAGCUUCGGCGACUCCGUAAGCGACACCGGCAACCAGAUGCUGCUGGGUAAGUGCCCUCACUGUUGCUCCCUACCAAACGGCGAAACAUACUUCGGUCGCCCGACUGGUCGCUGCUGCAACGGGCGUCUCAUCGUCGACUUCAUUGCUGAGAAAUUGGGGCUUCCUCUGCUGACGCCGUUUCCGGGAGAGCUGAAGAGCAGCAACUUCCGGUUCGGGGCAAACUUGGCGGAGGGAGGCGCGACGGCCCUUGAUUUCCGGUUCCUUGCGGAGAGAGGGAUCUUCAAUACGCACACCAACGUGUCGUUGGGCGAUGAACUCAAAAGAUUCAGGAAUUUAUUGCCCACACUCUGUUCCUCACCAUCUGGUAUCUACCAUCAUUUUAACAAGUGGCUUUUUGCAGAAUGUAAGAUUUACCUCGGAAAAUCUCUAAUUAUAAUGGGAGAAAUCGGAGGGAUUGAUUACAACAGAGCAUACUUUGAAAAUGUUGCCGUUGAGCAAAUAACAGAGUUAGUACCAUACGUCAUUGCCGAAAUUGGCAACGCAAUCCAGGAGAUGGUGGAAUUAGGGGCAGUAACAAUCCUGGUUCCAGGGAACUUCCCGCUUGGAUGCCAUGCUGGUUACUUGGCCAAAUUCUGGAGCCCUAACAAAGAAGACUAUGAUCCCUUGACCGGAUGCCUUGUUCAGUUCAACAAUUUCGCCCAACACCACAACGAUCUUCUCCAAGAGGAAGUAGUUCGGUUGCAGAAAGUUCAUCCCCAUGCCAACAUCAUGUAUGCAGACUACUAUAACUCAGUCAUGCGCCUCCAUCUACACCCUGACGAAUUUGGGUUCAGUGCUUCGUUGGUAGCGUGCUGUGGAGGGGGUGGGCCGUACAACUACAACGAGUCUCUGCUUUGUGGAGUCCCGGGCACCACAGCUUGCGCUGAUCCGUCGACGUUUAUCAAUUGGGACGAUCAUCAUCUCACGGAGGCAGCCUAUAGGAUUAUUGCCAACGAUGUGUUACAAGGGCCGUUCUCUAUUCCUCGCUUCAAUACAUCUCACUGUCCCGUGACUACCCGAGCGGCAAGUGGGGAGGGACACUAUUUCGCUUAUUGAAUGGUUAUGGUUAACCUCUUGUAAUAAAAAAAACCAUGAAAACAAAAUGUUAGUAUUGACUGAAUUUAGUGUUUAGCACAAUUUUAGUCUAAGCAUGUUAGGCAUUGGAAUUGGAAGUAGGGGUGGCUAUACGGUCCGGUUAAAUUGACCCAAAUUGAUCCGGUCCAGUCCGGUUUUUUUAAAAAUAUAAGGACCGAAGA